AACAUAGACUAUAAUAUGCAGGUUGUACACACUGCCCCUAAGCUGCAGAAGCUAUUAUUGUGUCUGUGAUUCCAUACUUCUUGACUCAUCUCCCAUCAGCUAAGUUGUGGCUACUUGGUUACAACUUCGUUCUUGUAUCAAUCUUGUCACUGAAUAUGACUGGCUUCGUGAUUCUACAACCACUGUACCAAAUCCGUUACCAACAAGUGGUUACACUGGUAGCCAUUUUGCUUGAAACAUUUACAUUUUACUGGCUGUAUGGAACAUCGGUACUCUUUGUUGAUAUCCAGUUCAUGAAGAAAUCACCUCCCAAAGUAAUUUGGAAAGUUUGGUGGAAUAUAACACCAAUAAUUAUUGCAGGUCUUAUUUACUUCCACUGCACUUAUUCCCUUAAUUAUCUGAACCAACAUCUGUCAAACUAUCAAAUAAGAACAUCAAAUGUCAUGUUGACUUUAACUAUGAUGAUAAUACCAAUUGGGACUCUAGUGCAAGUUGUCAAACACAUCCGAAAAGAGAAGAUGGAAAGUUUGCUAAAGCCAACAUUUACAUGGGGUCCACCUAAUCCACAUCUGCGAGCAGUGCGUAAGAAGUACAAACCAUCAGAAGAGAUUCGCUCACAACCUUUCACCUAUCAUCAGUGGCGCAUGGAACUUUAUACUGAAGAUAAGAUGUUACAUGAGAAUCCAGAAGAUACACAAACAUAAAGAGUAUCUAUCUCAUUAUACUGUGACAUAUUAAUGUUGUUGGAUUAAGAAAAUAAAAUUCUUACAAUUUUUUG